AUGACAUCCUACGGAGGCUACCAAAAACCCGCGUACGGCGCCCAGGGCGGUGAUGACUCGGGCGGCUUCAUGUACGGCGGCUCCCAGCAGGGCAGCCAGGGCGGCGGCAAGGGCUACCAGGACGAGUCGCUGCGCCCCGUCACCAUCAAGCAGAUCCUCGACGCCGAAGAGGCCUACCCCGGCGCCGACUUCAAGAUUGACGGCGCCACCGUCACCCAGGUCACCUUCGUCGGCCAGGUCCGCGCCAUCAACCCUCAGGCCACCAACAUCACCUACAAGCUCGACGACGGCACCGCUACCCUCGAGGUCAAGAAGUGGGUCGACACGGACAAGAAGGACGACGACCUCAUGGACGGCGUCGCCGGCGCCCCCGGCUCCGGCUCCGGCGUCGACCUCGACGCCUACGUCCGCGUCUGGGGGCGUAUCAAGUCCUUCAACGGCAAGAGGCACGUCGGCGCCCACUUUCUGCGCGCCGUCACCGACUUCAACGAGGUCAACUACCACCUGCUCGAGAGCACCUACGUCCACCUCUUCUUCACCAAGGGGCCUCUCGGCGGUGCCAAGGCCGAGGACAACGGCGACGGCAUGUUUGUUGACGGCGGCAGCCACGGCAACAACGCCAGCAAUAAUAACAACGCAUCACACGCCACCGGCCAGUCGAGCAAGGUCGCCCAGUGCACGCCCAUGGGCCAGAAGAUGUACAACUUCCUCGUCAACGCGCCCGGCGGCAACGAGGGCGUGCACAUGAAUGUCAUUGCGAGCGGCGCCGGCAUGAGCAUGCGCGACGUCCUCGGCGCCGCCGACGAGCUACUCGGCCAGGGGCUCGUGUAUACCACCAUCGACGACGAGACGUGGGCCAUUCUCGAGUAUUGA